AUGUGGAAAUCCAUCAUUUCAAUCAGUCCACAAGCAGCUCGAGCAACCCGUUCUCAACUCUCAACAACCCGCUCCCAACUCUCAACAACCUUCCCAGCCCUUGCCACUCCAACGGCACCGAAAGCCUGCUUCAGCACAACCCCCAGUACCAAAAAGUCACGAUACGAAGGUCUCCAAGAUCGCGAAGCACUGGACCCUCAGCGCUCAGAAACCACCAAAUCAGGCACAGACGGCGAAGUCGCCGAGCACCCAUCCGCAUUUGAUCCGUCCAACACAGCACCAGAGAGCGAGCUUGCGGCUACAGAGGAAGAGAGCAAGAAGGAAGGAAAGCCAGACAGCCCCCUAGAUAUGAGCCCUGCGAACAAGGACGUCAGUGCUUGGAGAGGCCCAACUGAAGGUGGCCCUGCGCGCAACCGAGACCGCGAGGCUUCUAGUUCUCGCGGUUCGCCCAACAAGAACCGGGGCAUCCAUGUCAAGGAGGAUGGGACUCAUGUAUCUUUCAAGGAUUGA